CAAAGUACGUCAUCUGUUAACUGUAGCGAGGUCGGCUCCUGUAAAUAAUAAAUCUCACAUAUGCAGCAGUACACCGCCUUAUUCUUACGUAUUUUUGAAACGCCAAAAGUAUUUCGUUUAAAUGUUAUGUUGUGCACUUUAGCGAGGAGCAGCGGCCUGCCUGCUAGCUUGCUCCUAAACUGUUCGCGAGGCGACUUUAGCCUGAUAUUUAGCUAGUCCGGACGCUACCAUUACCUAGCUAUUUAGCUAAUCAGAGGUUAUUACAGGAAUAUUAUACAUAUUCUAUUGGCGCCCCCGUCAAGCAAAGAUGGAUGUAUGAAAUGACAGCCUUUUUUGGCCUAUAGGUGACUCGACACACACAAAAGGCCCCCUGGUCAAGCUCGCCUUGGCGCUGGUCCUGCUGCUUACCAUGCAGCCAUGAGCUCUGCCCUGUGGAACCAGGAUAGGUCUGGUGGGGGCUUCAGGGAGGACUGGCGCUUCUACAUGGUCAUAAAAGAAUGUACUGUGGAGAAGCCUGCACAGAAGACCCUAAGGAUCCCCCGUGGUAGCCUGGGCCAGGCCUGUCAGGAGCGUAAUAGCCUGGGACGAACUCUCCCUCCAUGCAAGGGCAAGAAGAGCCUCCGCAUCCUGGACCAGACCAACGUGGUGCUGAGCCUGGAUGAGCGGGAUGUGUUGGAGUUGGAGGAGAAGCUGGCUGAGCUGCUGUUCCCCAUUACCAACUGUGAGGAGCGAUAUGCCCUGCUGUGCGACGAGCAACGUCUGCAGCGGGUUCGUGACAUCGAUUGUGGUUCCAAGGUGCGUGUCCAGCUGCGAUCAGGGGAUGAGCCUCUGCCAGGUGUGGUUCGCUUCAAGGGCUCACUGCUGCCUGACAGAGCCCUGUCGGGAAUCUGGUUUGGAGUGGAGCUGCUGGAGGAGGGUCGAGGUCAGGGCUUCACGGAGGGCACCUACCAGGGUCGCCAGCUUUUUCGCUGUGAGGAAGAGUGCGGCGUGUUUGUGGCUCUGGACAAGCUUGAACUCUGGGAGGACGACGAUGACGACACAGUGGGGGAGCUGGAGGUGGAUCACGUCAGGCUGGUGGAAGACGAUCAGGACUUUCCUCCACUGGAGAUCAACUCCAGGGUUGUGGUGCAGACCAGAGAGGGACCAGAGAGGGGCACCAUCAUUUUUUGUGGCCUGCUACCCAGUAAUGAGAGCUUAGGAUACUAUGUAGGAGUUGACAUGGACAAUCCUAUCGGGGACUGGGAUGGUAUGUUUCACGGGAAGCAGUUGUGUAAUUUUGCCAGUUUGGAACACACUCGACUUGUCCCCAUCUGUGACGUAAUGCCAGAAUAUUCCAUGCAGGACCAAAGGCUGCCGAGGCACAGUUUUGCCCCCAGAGGCACCAACAGUGACAAGUCAUCCUGUGGCCCCAACAAACCAAAUAAAAAAGGGUUAAGUCAUCAAACUGGAAGUAGAAGCAAGUCUGAGUUUUACUAUACUUUAAAUGGCAGCUCUCUUGACCCGCCUUGCCAGUCCAAAUCCAAAAGCACAUGGUACAUUGAUGAAGUUGGAGAGGACCCUGCCAAGUCACUUACUGAGACACCCCCUGACUUCAAUCAGUCCUCCCCGCCCCCUAGAGCCCCACUCUCCUCCUCACUAUCCACCGAUAACAAGUUCCACUCGCUGCCCUUCAGCCUGAACCGCAAGCCGGGGCCCACUGACAGCAUGAGUCCCGGUCCGCUCUCCCUCUCUGUCCAGUCAGUGAUGGGGGAGCAGCCCGAGCCCCCGGCAGCUCCGGCUGCCCCGCCUUCUCCACGGCCUUCAACGCCUCCUCGAGGUCAGCCGGGUCUGGAGGUGGGCUCUCUGGUGGAGGUGAAGGAGAACCCCCCUCUGUGUGGUGUGAUCCGCUGGGUGGGUCUGCCUCCUGGCCUGCUGGAGCCUUUGGCGGGGCUGGAACUGGAAGAAGAGUGCCCCGGCUGCACCGACGGCACCUUCAAAGGUACCCGGUAUUUCACCUGCCCACCUAAGAAAGCUUUGUUCGUCAAGCUCAAGUGCUGUCGGCCCGACUCCCGCUUCCCGUCCCUGCACCACUCCCCCAACCCCAUAGAGCGAUGCAACUCAAUCGCAUUUGGAGGUUACCUGAGCGAGGUCGUUCACGAAAACACGCCUCCGCGCACAGAAAACGACGGCCUGGAUGUAAUGGUGGGAAAAAAGAAAGGCAUUCAGGGUCAUUACAACUCCUGCUACCUUGAUUCAACCCUCUUCUGUCUCUUCUCCUUCAGUUCUGUUUUGGACACGGUUCUGCUGAGGCCACAAUCAAAGACUGAUGUGGAGUAUUACAGAGAGACCCAGGAGCUGCUACGCACUGAGAUAGUGAACCCCCUACGCAUACAUGGUUAUGUUUGUGCCACAAAAGUAAUGAAGCUGAGGAGGAUUCUUGAAAAAGUGGAGGCAGCUUCUGGAUUUACCUCUGAAGAAAAAGAUCCCGAGGAGUUCCUCAUCAUUCUUUUUCACCACAUAUUGAGAGUGGAUCCACUGCUUAAGCUCAGAUCAGCAGGUCAGAAGGUCCAGGACUGUUACUUUUACCAGAUCUUCAUGGACAAGAAAGACAAGGUUGGAGUUCCAACCAUCCAGCAGCUUUUAGAGUGGUCCUUCAUCAACAGUGACCUAAAGUUUGCAGAGGCUCCCUCCUGCCUUAUCAUCCAGAUGCCCCGCUUUGGCAAGGACUUCAAAAUGUUCAACAAGAUUUUUCCUUCGUUAGAGUUGGACAUCACGGAUCUUCUUGAAGACACUCCGAGGGAAUGUCGUAUCUGCGGGGGCCUGGCGUUCUACGAGUGCAGAGACUGUUAUGACGACGGGGACAUCACCGCCGGCAAGAUUAAACAGUUCUGUGAAAAGUGUAAUACACAGGUUCACCUCCACCCAAAGAGGAAAGCCCAUCGACAUGGCAAACUGUCCGUCCCCAAGGAGCUGCAAGAAGGUACGGGGCGUCAGGGCGGCUUUCCCCGCCAGAGGAUGGAGCUGUUCGCUGUGCUAUGCAUCGAGACCAGUCACUACGUGGCCUUCGUCAAGUACGGCACCGCAGAUUCCGCCUGGCUCUUCUUCGACAGUAUGGCUGACCGCGACGGGGGCCAGAACGGUUUCAACAUCCCCCAGGUGUCUCCGUGCCCCGAGGUGGAGACCUACCUGAAAAUGUCUCCGGAAGAGCUGCACACUCUCGACCCCAAGAGUAUCCAGGGCCAGGCGCGCCGCCUGCUCUGCGACGCCUACAUGUGCAUGUACCAGAGCCCCACCAUGAGCCUGUACAAGUAAAACUCUGCUCCCUCAACCUUUUUACCUGUCAUCCCCUGCCACUCAGCCUCCAUCUCCCCCAGGCCAGCAGAUUCAAAGAGACCAAAAAGCGAAAGAUAAACUAAUAGAACAGCUGCCUGCUAUCGGGGGCACGGUCCACGAAAACCUCCUAACCUCACCUCGCCUCCAUGCCUUCUCGUUUCUGAAGGCUGGGAAGAUGGAAAGGAGCGGGAGAUGCCUAUUUGCACUGUGCAUUAGUUGAAGUGUUGUUUCUUUUAUGUAGUCCUAUGUAGCUUUCUUGUGUCUGGAAGCUGAGCAUCGCUGGGUGUUAGCAAAACAAAGGGGUAGGCAUUAUGAGGAUCCACUCCCUGAACGGGGAGGCAGGAGACACAAGCAGAGGAGACUUUGCACGGCAGCGGCCUACAAAACAAAAUAAAAUGUGCUUGUGGGAGGACCUUGCUCACCUCAUUUACCUUAAAGAAAAAAGGGAGACCUGUUAUUCUUAAUCACUCUUCAGGACGGGAGUUUCCGUGGUGCACAUUAAGGAAGCGACAUUGUGUGCAAACCUCCAUGUGUUUGUGCCGUUAUAGAACAUUUAUGUAAAAUCUCUUUAAGUAGCAUAGAUAGCUCCAGACUGUAACACCAACAAUAUAGACGUCAACUAGCUGUGCAGUCAGUCGCAUUUAAACCAGACCACUGGGCUCUUUGUGAACCGGUUCUUCUACGCCUUCAUCACGCUGUGUAAACGUCCUUACAGUGUGUGUUUUACAGAAUAGGGUGUUGGCCAUUGUAAAAGUCUCACAUCAGCAUUUUUGUUCCCCCCCCCCCCACCUGUAAGUGUCCAUCUCAGUCAUGUCUGCCCCUCGGCUGUAGCCGUCAUGAAUGGCCUGCACGGCUCCUGCAGACCAGAUAAAAAGCAUGACGAGAGACUUGCACAACGGCUUCUGUAGUAAAGCUGGUUUCCGGAGCGCUCGUAGGGUCAAUGAGGUGAAAAACUGCAAAAAGCGUGUUUCUUUAAAAGGUAAGAGUGUGAGGAAGUGCAGUGUCGUGCUCAUUCUGUUAAUGAGAAAAUCUAAAUGAUGUUUUUUUGUUUACAAAGCCUUUUUUUUUUUCCUCCUCUGCCUGUCCUGGCAGGACUGAUUCCCAACAGAAGCAAGUAUCGACCCUCCGCUGCCUUUUAUCACAGCGUGACAGUUUUUACAGCUUGGCGUCUGACAGCAAAACAGUUGCGUUCAAAUAUUAUUUAUUGCGCUCUCGUCAUGUCACCGAUUUCUCUGAAAUAAUAGUUCAAUACGUGACAAAAACAGGGUCAGUGAUACUGCUAGGCUUGGGUAUAUCUUGUCCUUCACUGUAUAUUUAAGUGAGUAUUAAACUUUAGGUUGUCCUACAACAACUACUGAAUGUUCAUGGAGACACAAUGAGCAGUUAGCAACUGAGGACAAAUGAAGAGGCACAAGGGGGGGAGACCUUUGGGCAUAUAUAUUUACAAAUACAUAUUUAAAGAAGUUUUAUAAAAAAAAAUGAAAAUGAAAUAAAAACGGAACAUUUUGAUUCCAUUUUAUUCCAGUUUGCCACAGUAAGAAAUUGAUCGGAAAAGCUUGUUAGCUUUCAAAUUUUAUUUAUCUACGCAAACACUUGAGGAACCUUGACUUAGGAAGAACGGUGAAGGCGAUUUGUAAACGACUGAAGGGUUGGGCUGAGCGCUCUGCUCCACAGCUGCAGAGCUUCUGACAGGAAUUUGAACUUUUCUAGUGCUGCUGAAGCUCGCCGCUGACCGGAGCUCCGCUCCCUGCAACACCACAGAGAAGAAGAGACUUUGUGUCUGUUUUUGUUCUGUUGCAUCUGUACAGUGUAGAUGUAUAUGUAACGAAUGGAACAUUAAUGUCAGUGAUGUUCUUGUAAAUGUUAACAAAAUAAAGUUUGUUUUGAAGGGUGCACUUUA